CGUCAACGCAAAUCCGCAAGCCUCCCCAAAAAGAGUCAGGACGGCCAGUCCCGAGCCUUCUACCGCAGCUCCUCCUUCUCCUCCUCCUCCUCCGCUCCUUAAUCCUAGAGAUUCUGCUUCUGUGAUGCCACAUGCCAGGACUGCAUCACCGGCAAUCAUCAUUGACGAUGAUGAUUCCGAUUCUCCUCCUCCUUCGCCGCUACUUAAUCCUCAAGCUUCACCUUCUGUGACGCCACAUCCCAGGACUGCAUCACCGGCAAUCAUCAUCGAUGAUGAUGAUUCCGAUUCUCCUCCUCCUCCUCCGCUCCUUAAUCCUCAAGCUUCAGGUUCUGUGAUGCCACAUGCCAGGACUGCAUCAUCGGCAAUCAUCAUCGAUGAUGAUGAUUCCGAUUCUCCUCCUCCUCCUCCACUCCUUAAUCCUCAAGCUUCAGCUUCUGUGACGCCACAUGCCAAGACUUCAUCACCGGCAAUCAUCAUCGACGAUGAUGAUUCUGAUUCUCCUCCUCCUUCGCCGCUACUUAAUCCUCAAGCUUCAGCUUCUGCGAGGCCACAUGCCAGGACUGCAUCACCGGCAAUCAUCAUCGACGAUGAUGAUUCCGAUUCUCCUCCUCCACUCCUUAAUCCUCAAGCUUCAGCUUCUGUGACGCCACAUGCCAGGACUGCAUCAUCGGCAAUCAUCAAUGAUGAUGAUGAUUCUGAUUCUCCUCCUCCUUCGCAUCUACUUAAUCCUCAAGCUUCAGCUUCUGUGACGCCACAUGCCAGGACUGCAUCACCGGCAAUCAUCAAUGACGAUGAUGAUUUCGAUCCUCCUCCCCCUCCGCUCCUUAAUCCUCAAGCUUCAUCUUCUGUGGCGCCACGUGCCAGUACUGCAUCACCGACAAUCAUCACCGACGAUGAUAAUCCCGAUGGCUCCGAAAAUGAGAAAGAUGCUAUCUGGUACACUACCAUGAUUUUUGAAGCUCUAUCGACCAUGAACAAUUCGGCGGGAUGUAGUAUCAGUGAAAUCGCUAACUCUAUCGAGAAAAGGCAUGUGGUGCCUGAGAAUUUCAGGGAGUCGCUGAGCUCAAAAUUGACAAACCUUGUUUCGAUGGAGAAGCUUGAAAUGGACCAAAACUGCUUCAAGAUAAAGAAGGUUUCGGGUCCGAGUCAGUCAGAGUCGUAUAAUCAGACAUUGGAAGAAGCUGCUGUGGAUGCUGCCAGGAUAAUUGUCGAAGCAAAACACAAGGAAAUUCUAGCAGCUGUGGCGGUUGAGUUAGAGAGAGUCGAAAGGAUGGCAGAAGAAAAUGAGGCAAUUCCGAAGCAGCCAGAGGACAUCGAUGAACAAAGUUCUUCUUUAACUCUGAAGACCAAAUAAGAGUGUUGAUUGCACUGAAAAUGGAUGAAGUAGUAGCAGUUUAGAGACGAGCAGUUUUGGCUACGACGACAUGAACUAAGGGCCUGUUUGGGAUGGAGAAGUAGAACUAAUUGCUGUUACUGGUCAAUUGAGUUUUUUGUUUCAGAACUUUCUAGAAAAUUCGAAAGUAUGACACCCAUGUUUCAAAGUUCUAUACAAACACACGUAUUCUUUCAACC